UACAGCGAGCCUCACGAGCUCAAGACGUGUUUAAUUUGGAGCUGCUAGUCUCACACGUAAUACGCAGCAAUAGCCCGGAGGUUCACUGAAACGUGUAUUCUGCGUCCUGAUCAUUUAAAGGGCAUCCAUUCCCUAGUCGCGUAUCCGACCAUGCUGCGAAAUCGCUUUGCUAUCUUGUUUGCCCUUUUAUCGUGGUUAAACACAUUCGCCAUGGCUCAGACCGCGGCAUCUCAGGCGUACACACCUAUUUCUGGGCGAUGUCCUGCAGGCUUCAACCUGGUGCGGAUGGCUGGUACUCCUGGGAAUCAGACCCUCAGUUCAUCUGAAGCCUCCUACGUUCAAAAUCGCAAGGCCCAUGUCCUUCCGCAAGCCUGGAAAACUUACCUAUCAAAUGUCUUAUCUACCAAUCCUUUUCUCCCUGAUUACGUCUCAAGAAUUCUUUCGGGCGCUAGCUCCGAGAUCCCAACUCUAGGCAUUGCAACGAGUGGAGGAGGAUACAGGGCUGCAAUCUUUGGUGCAGGAGUGUUGAACGCACUGGAUGCGCGGAAUUCAUCUUCCGAUGCCGCUGGAACGGGCGGGUUGCUGCAGGCAGCAACCUAUCUGUCAGGAUUGUCAGGCUCAUCGUGGUUCAUCACAUCCCUCGCUCAAGCCAAUUUCCCUACCAUGCAAGAACUCAUCUUUGGACCCGCUAAUCCCACAGCGUCCAACAGUUCGUGGGGAGGAUGGAACGCUGACUAUGAUAUUUUAACGCCAAGCACGAACUCUGCCAUAGAUACGCAAUAUUAUACGAACCUUGCAGAUGAGUUGCUCGGAAAGUACGACGCUGGUUAUGUAGUGACAUUUGCGGACUAUUGGGGGCGUAUGCUAGCCAGACAUUUUGCCAGUGGUACCUUCUCGUCUAAUGUCUUUAACGACUCGUACACCCAUGGAGCUGGACUUCAUUCGCAGUCCUAUUCAAUACCAUUCCCAAUUGUGACCGCAGACCUUCAAGCUCCGGGUCAGAACUCAUCGGAGAUUAUUGCUGAAGACUACAUCCCCUUAACUAAUCCCAACAUCGAGUUCAAUGUCUUUGAAACGGGUUCUUUUGAUCCGCAGCUUUCUGCAUUCGUGCCAACCAAAUAUUUGGGAACGACAAAUAACAGUAUCUGUGUCACCAACUAUGAUCAAUCUGCGUUUAUUGCUGCGUCAUCUUCUGAGCUAUUCAAUGAGGCCAAUUUCACUAAUACCUUCAAUUCGGAGUUUGGGCCCAUUUUAGCUCUUAUGGCGGAUCUUAUGCCUGAACCCCAUGUUGAAUACGACAUUGCUUCUUGGCCAAAUCCAUUCUAUGGUGUAGCGCCAGACACCUUUAUUGAUUCGACGCAAACGAACCUGAAUAUGGUGGACGGUGGUGAAGAUGGUGAAGUUAUCCCGCUGCAACCCCUCCUGGUGAAGGCACGUGGCGUCGAUGUCAUUUUCGCUAUCGAUGCAACCGAUGAUAUCAACGGCUUCGCGGAUGGCAGCUCUUUGAUUGCCACGCAAAAUCGUAGUUCGCUUUAUCCCUCUGCUUACUCAUUCCCCCCUGUUCCCACUUCUAUGGGAGAAUACACCGCACAAAACCUGACUACGCGCCCGACAUUUUUUGGAUGCAAAACGACCAGUUUGAACACAAGCACCCCGCUUCUCAUAUACCUUGCUAAUGGUGGUCCACCCGACGGCGAAGCUCCCCUCACCAACACCUCGACGUCUCAAACUUCCUAUUCGUCAUCGGAGAUCCAGGCAAUGCUUACCCAGACCUUUGUUAUCGCGACCCAGGGGUAUCCAGAGAAAGAAGCAACGAAGGAUCCGUAUUGGCCGUCGUGUCUCGCAUGCGCUGUCGUCGACCGUGCAAGGGAGCGAGCAGGAGUGGAAAGAAGUGGCAUUUGCUCUACCUGCAUGGACAGGUACUGCUGGGAUGGAGACACACUCACAACUGCUGCAUCCUAGAGCGGCGUCAUAGUAUAGGCUAUGCAUUCGGGCAGCUUAGCGCUUUCGAGGUGACUUCGGCUAUUGUGUCAUGCUGAUGAUGUGAAAUCAAUUUGUGCAGGCGGACACAGUCUGAGUUUUCAUUGUCAGGAUUGAUUCAUUGACAAUGAAUGCUUUUGGUUACUGUUGGCUGUUAACGAAUUGGACGCGAUUAUUGGCAUGACGUUUGCUUUUGCUGGUUUGGGGGAUACGGCGGUGUCGGGCCCUACUGAUCAUUUUUGAUUCAGCGAUGGCGGAUCCACGUCACAAGUAUCAGAUACGAUGACCACUGGCAAGAAUUUCAAACGUGCGGCUACUAACUAGACCUGCGGUGUCGAUGCUGACAGGAGCACGAAGCCGAGCUGUCAUUGUUAGGCAAGAAUGGGCAGAACUUUACAUCCAUACAGACGAAUUUGUGAUCCUCCAAUCCACUGAAAGGCCUGCUGUCCUCA